AUGGAUUUUGCAUUUAUUCCUGCAAAUGGAGCGUCUAGAGGGCUAUUGUCGAUGUGGAAUUCAUCUCUGUUCAUGGUGGAAAAUAUGAUAAAAUUGGAGAGUUUCUUGUGGCUACAAGUCAAGAUUAGCUCAGGUGGUGUUCAAUGUCUUGUUGGGAAUGUCUAUGUCCCAAAUUCAGAGGAGGAUAUAGCCUUCUUCUUUGAGUCUCUAUCUGAGGUAAUCGAUUUAUUUACUCGUUCUUGUUUAAUUUGUGGAGAUUAUAAUGUUUUUCUUAAUCUUGGGGAGAGGAGUGGAAGCCCUGAUGUUGUUGAUUUGUCUUUCUGCUAUUUCGUGGGGAGCAAUAAUCUGAUGGACUUACCGCUCAAAAAUUAUCAAUUUACUUGGUAUAGCUCGAGGGAUAACGACCUUUGGAGUCGUUUAGGCAGAUGGAUUAUUAAUGAAGCGGCCAUCAAUGGAUUUGAGGGAAUUAGUCAAGUUGCUGAAAAUUGGGGGUUGUAUGACCAUCGGCCAGUGAUCAUGUCCAUGGGUGCUAUUAAUUACGGGCCAAAACGAUUUUUGUUUUACAAUAGUUGGUUAUUGGAUCAGGAGUUUGAGGGAGUGGUUAAGGAAUGGUGGUGCUCGUCUACGGUAGUGGGCUGGUCGGGAUUUGUCCUCCAACAGAAGCUGGAAACUUUAAAAACAAACACUAGAAAUUGGAAGGGGUACUCUAGGAAGGGGACAAAUGAAAAGAUUUUGUCUCUUGAAAUUGGCCUUAUUGAAAUUGGCUUUCAGGAGUUGAUGCAUCAUUUGGAAGAGAAUGGAGUGUCGGUGGAGCUAAGGAGGAGGAGAAUGUCAAUUCUGGAUGAGUUGUGGCAUGAGUAUAGAGUCGAAGAGAAUAGGUGGAGGCAAGAAGCGAGAACUAAUUGGCUUAAGUGCGGGGAUAGAAAUAUUGCCUAUUUUCAUACCGCUUGUAAGGUGAGGCAAUUAGUAAGGAAAAUCCAGAAACUAGUUGUGAAUGGUGCUACUGAAGACCCUGUCAAGGAGGCGGUUUUUGAACAUUUCAAAUCCUUCUUUUCGCGGGAGGAUAUGUGUAGACCCUGA